GCGGACUCUCUCUCCCGCCACCGCACGGACCAUGGCCAGUGAGGCACGGAGCGGAAGCGGUGUGUUUGUGUUAGCUUAGCCUAGCCGCGGAGCAUCGUCAUGUCCACAGUGGACAGUUUGAGAGAGUUGGUCACGCGGACACUUACCACUGCUGUCCAACACAUACACACACACUUCACACACACCGUCGCACAGUAUGAACGCGAGCGCGAACGGCGACUGUUGGAGAUAAAACGGCUGAGGACCGACUGUCCACAGCAGCAGGUUUGUAAAGAGGAGGAGGAGAUCUCCAGUGAGGACCAGGAGGAAAGAGGACCUGUGCAGGUGAAAGAGGAGGACGUAUGCAGCAGUCAGGACGCAGAUCCUGAGACACGCGUGCUGAGUCACUGUAACGCUCAGACGCAAUUUGUCCGGCAGCGACUCAGCGCUGCUGUUGAACAACUCUUCACCGUCCUCAGUGAAACUCUGGCCGAGUGCGAGGAGGACGUGGAUGGUCAGCGACGGCGACCCCUGCUGGACAAGCUUCAAAAACCUGAGCUGCAGAGAAAAAAGCUCCAGCAGCAGCAUGUCUGUAAAGAGGAGGAGGAGGAGGAACCUCCUCGGGUCAAAGAGGAGCAGGAGGAGGAGCCAUGCAGCAGUCAGGAGGAACAUCAGCUUGUCGUGAAGCAGGAAAACCACACCUUCACGUUCACGUCGUCAGACACUGACCGGCAGCUUCUCUGUCACCACUCUGCUACGACCACAGAGAUUCACCAUGGCAGUCGGAGUGAGUUUGUAGACGAGCAGCUGACCGUCGCUGUCGACGAGACCUUCAAUGUCCUCGAGAGGUUCUUUGUCGGCUACGAGGAGGAGAUCAGACGUCAGCGCGGACUGACGGACAAAGUCUGGAAGAACAAGCUGCUGAGGAGCGAGCUUCAGCAGCAGGACGUCUGUGAGGAAGAUGAUCUGGACGAAGAAAGUCCACAGAUUAAAGAGGAGCAGGAGGAGGAGCCAUGCAGCAGUCAGCAGGAACGUCAGCAGAAUGUCACCGUCCUGCCCGCUCCUGCUGCAGAGGACGGUCUCAGUGGUGACCCAGAGCAGACCGCAGGAAGUGACCCCACACCAAAGAAACGUGCCGACGCAAAGUCCUUCACAUGUGACACAUGUGGGAAAGCUUUCGGGCGUAAGUACCUGCUGGCGUCACACGUGAGGACACACACGGGCGAGAAGCCGCACGCGUGCCAAACGUGCGGGAACAGGUUCAACCAGAAAUCGGCUCUGACGCAGCACAUGAGGACUCACACGGGCGAACGGCCGUACGUCUGCAUGACCUGCGGGAAGACGUUCGGCCACACGUCGUCGCUGCGCGCUCACCAGCGCACGCAUACUGGCGAGAAGCCACACGAGUGCCAGGUCUGUGGCCGCCGCUUCGCACUGCCCGAGCUCUUCGUCCGCCACGCGAGGGUCCACACGGACGAGCGGCCAUACACCUGCCCGACGUGUGGCCGAGCGUUCAGACAGAGCACGUCGCUGACCGUGCACCUGAGGACGCACACUGGCGAGAAGCCGUACCUGUGCAGCUUCUGCCAGAAGGGCUUUGUCGACAAGUCAGGACUGAACGCUCACCUGAAGAUCCACCUGGGCGAGAAGCCGUUUGGCUGCAUUACGUGUGGGAAGUUUUUCCGGAACAGUAAUCAGCUGAAGAUUCACACGAGGAUCCACACGGGGGAGAAGCCGUAUUCCUGCAGCCACUGCUCAAAGACCUUCAACCAGAUGUCGUCUUUUCAGAAGCACCUGGAGACUCACGGACAUGCCUACUGCACAUUUGUGGGAGGAGACACUGCAGAUUCCUCCCAGUCAUCGUCAUGGGAGACGUAGCGGAGCAUCAGCAUAUGGAUAUUAUAUCUUUAAUAAGAUUUUAGAUCAGGUUACGUGAUGAUUAAGUGUCUUUGAUUUUAAAGGCUGUUGCAUUGAAAAUCAUAUUUAUUUUAUUAAAUAUGAUUUA